AUGGGCAGAGCCACCACCAGCAGCAUCACACCCUCCUCCGUCUUCACACCAACAACAACACCAACAGCGUCUCGUCAUGCAGCUGAUGAAGGUAAUGGCGGGUAUUACCGCGUCUUGGCACUAUCUGAAGGUUCAGUUCUCCCGGCUUGGGUUCCGGAGCAUCACUUUAUACUUAGAAUUCAGUUAACUGCAGAAGGCAUACAGGUUGCGGUGGCGGCUCUGGUGAUGGUGGUGGCGGCUGCCGCGGCCUUCCCUUCAGACCCCAACGAUGUCGAGCCCAAAGCCCUGCCUGGUUACAAAGACACUCCCAUCCCAUACAACUACGCCUACGGUGUCAAGGACGACUACGCCGGCACUGACUUCGGCCACAACGAGAACUCCGACGGCAGCGCGGUCAAGGGCUCCUACAAUGUUGUCCUCCCCGACGGUCGCAUCCAGACGGUGAGCUACGUGGCUGACCACUACAACGGGUACCAGGCCCAGGUGAGCUACAAGGGCGAGGCCCAGUACCCACACGAGUACGGUCCACCUGUCACCUUCAAGCCCCAGUACCAGCCCUCCUACCAGCCCUCAUACCAGCCUCAGCCCUCAUACAAUCCCCAGCCCUCAUACCAAUAA